AUGCCCCCGAGUCGGCCGACGAUGUUAAUCGGCUCCCCUAACCGCAAGCGAGAAUCGUCGGACUCAGGUUGUGACAGCCCACCAGCCUCCCACUUCUCACCAGUCUCCGUUGCGAGCCAUCAGGAAGCGAGACUCCUCGAGGAAGAGGAUCUAGGGAGGUACAGCCCUCGAGCCGCAGUUGCCGGUCGCCUAGGCGCGCUGGCUAUUCACAGUGAGAAUAAUUCGAGUUUGUCUAAUUCGGAUGCAAGUCUGUACAAAGACCCAUUCGUAGACUCACUUCGCACGAAAUGCUGGGUUGACUCAUACAACGGUCUCCAUGACAUGGCUGAGAAUACUUCUACUGAACCCAGCGAUUUUGGCUUUAAUGCGUCUUCGAAAGGGAAUGGCCAUCUUGAUGAUGCAAAUCUUGCUGCUUCAGCUUCGACCGUCAAGAAAAAGUCGCUUUCAAGCCCCCGUAAGAGAAAAGCCACCUCAAAUGAUACAUCAAGGAUGCGUCAUAAGCAGGGUUCGCCGUCUCCUGACAGCACAAUGGAGGACAAUUCACUUACUUGGAAUGAUUCUGAAAUAACUGGUCACGACCCCAAAGAUCCAAAUGAUGACGGAUAUGGCAUCAACGGCAUCGGAUUCAAGCCUACUGCAGCAAUCGCUUGGGCCAGAGCGCAAAAACGACAAAAGCAGGUGGCUGAAUGGAAAUCUCGAGAAGCAAGAGAAGCGCGCGAAAAGCGAAGAGAAAGACGUGACGGUCAUGAAUUUGAUAAACUUCGCUCGAUCCAGAGUGGCACAAUUCAGAAGAAGGUCAAAUUCAAUCUCUGA